AUGGAAGCCAAUUUUGUUGAGCUCAUUGCUCGCAACACAACACUGGAAGAGGUCCAGGCCUAUGUUCUUUUGCGUCAAUCGACGCUCAGUGCAGAUGACAAGAAGCGCAUCCUGCUUGAACACGGUGGAGAGCUCAAGUACGGGCCGGUAGUCAAAGCUUUCAGGUUGCUGGGUAGUCGAUUUUUCAAUGAAUUUCAGACUGGUCGCAGUAGUCAGAAGAACAAGGUUUAUGAUGUCAACGUUUCAGAAGCCGAUCAACAUGAACAUCAUGCCACAGUCGAGACUGGUCACCAUGAGAGAGCCUUUUUCACUCAUGCAGACGAACAUGAAGUUGAAUUGGAACCAGAUUUCAUUGAAGCACUGAUUGCUCAGGAUGAUGCCGAUGCUUUGACAGUUUCGACUUUCGAAGGAGAGUUUGAAGAGUUCUUGCAAGAGACACCCGAAAUGUACGAAGCACUCACAUCGUACAUAGAAGCCCGUUCCAAGUUAGUGGAAAAGAGAAAGAGCCGUGGUUUCUGGCCUGUGAAAGGAAAAGGCAAGUCUUUCAAGGGUCGUGGCAAGGGCUUUGGAAAGAGGUCAAAGGAUCGGGAAGCGCUGUUACAGCGUAUCUCAAAGAGCCAUUGCCGACGUUGCGGCGCCUUGGGUCAUUGGAAAGCCGAGUGUCCUCAGGCUUCCCAAACUGAAAAGUCAGCCAUGCCUUCGUCCUCCGCCACUGCUCAUGUUGUGAUCGAUGAGAGGCCUCAAGAGAUUUUCCAAGCCUCGACCGAUACCGAUGAAGUGAUUUCCGAAGAUGAGUAUGAACUUCCAUCUGUCGAAGCCAGAAAUGUCCGAACGAUGAGGAGUCCCACCAUGCCACAGUUCAGUCGAAGUGCCGACCGUUUGCCGGGUCUUGCUCAGCCCAUUCGACCGCUGUUUGUCAUCAUGCCGCCAAUGGUCAGUGCACUCAAGACCAUUGCCGAAGCCCUGAUCCGGCUUCUCACCAUGCUGUUGCAGAUCCUAGUGCAACAACUCGAGAAGCAGGAGAUCCUCGCCGAGAUGGAGAUCGAGAACGAGCCGGAGGCCCAUGCUCACCUUCAGGACAUGAUGCGCCAGAUUCAACAACAAGGCGCCGCACUGGAAGCCCUCCGCGAGGAGGUGGAAGUGCGAAAGAAAACACCAGAAAGGAAGGUGAGACCUCAACCAGCAGUAGCCCCAAUGAGUGUAGCCUCAAUGACCUCCGGAAGUUCCACUCCGUUGUCCAGGCCACAGAUUCCCAAUGUCAGUCAGCGGAAGAGUCGGGCACCGUCCGUCGUUUCUCAAGCUGCAAGCUGGCAAGAGAUCGAAGCCGAGGAGGAGACCAUUUUGGUCCAAGAGAUGGCCCUUUCCGUUCCUGUGGAAUUGAACCAAAGCCGGACCUCGGUGCCGCCUGCACCAACCUUGCCAUUGCCCAGAAACCUGACGAUCUCAGAGUGGGGUGCCAACCUGAUUACCUUUGGCAGAAAACACAAGGGGAAGACCUUCUCAGAAGUGAUGGAGAAGGAUCCCGGAUAUCUGCAAUGGAGCUUGGCCCGCUACGGGUCCCUCAUGCCGGAGCAUCAAGAUUUCUGCCGCUUCGGACAGCUCUGGUUGACACACAAUCCCAACGAGAUCUAA